AUGUCAACCGACAACGCCCAUGCGAGCGUACUCACGCCAUCAGAGGCACUACCCGAUAAUGCUGUUCAUGUGAAAGGACCAGAUCUGAGUAAACCCAUUGAUCUUCAGGAUCUGUUGAAGAGUUAUGAGACGAUUGGAUUCCAAGCUACGGGGUUGGCUAGAGCUAUACAGGUAGUGGAAGAGAUGCGAAAACAACGUAGUAAUCCUGAUGAACCGCUUACACUCUUCCUCGGAUACACCUCCAACCUCAUUUCAUCAGGUCUCCGAGAAAUCAUUAGAUUCUUAGCUCAACACAAAUUGAUAGAUUGUCUGGUGACUACUGCUGGAGGUGUUGAAGAGGAUUUUAUCAAAUGUCUAGGAUCGACUGUAUUGGGUGAAUUCCAUCUGGAUGGUGCGGGUUUGAGGAAAAGGGGUUUGAAUCGAAUAGGAAAUCUACUCGUUCCAAAUUCGAAUUAUUGUGCAUUUGAGGAUUGGGUGGUACCGAUCUUAGAUCAGAUGGUGAAAGAGCAAGAAGAGGAUGGUACGAAGUGGAGUCCCAGUAGUGUGAUUCAUAGGUUGGGGAAGGAGAUAGAUAAUGAGGAGAGUGUAUAUUAUUGGUGUUAUAAGAACAAUAUCCCGGUGUUUUGCCCAGCAUUGACAGACGGCUCGUUAGGCGAUAUGAUCUAUUUCCAUACCUACAAAUCAUCACCUCUACAACUCAACAUCGAUAUCGUAGCUGAUAUCAGAAGAUUGAAUGAUAUGAGUGUGAAAUCAAAAAAAGCUGGUAUGAUCAUCUUGGGAGGUGGGGUCUGUAAACAUCAGAUUGCAAAUGCCAUGUUAUUUAGAAAUGGUGCUGAUUAUGCCGUGUACAUAAACACCGGACAAGAGUACGAUGGUUCAGACUCUGGUGCUAGACCUGAUGAAGCUGUUUCGUGGGGGAAGAUCCGAGCAGGUGCGGAGAGUGUCAAGGUAUACGCCGAUGCGACUUUGGUAUUCCCCUUGGUAGUUGCUGCUACCUUCGGAAAGGCACAUUGGGAAGCUCAAUCUCAAGAUGGGAAGAAGAAUUCGGAAUAG